CAGUCCCCCAAUCCCAGAGAGACUUAGGUUAGGAGAGGUACCAACUUCUGUCCCACCCAGGAGGCAGCAUCUGCCUCCACCCUGUGGAGCCAGGGAGAGGCCCUUGCUGCCCUUCUAGACAAGAAAAGGCAGUGAGAACUCUGUCAUCCCACGGAGAAGAACUCAGGGCUCACCUGGAGCUCCCGAGGUCCCACAGGGAUAGAGGGUCAGUUUUUCUCCCUUCUGGAAGAUGCCCUGGGAGGUCCUGAUGCUGUUGCUGCUGCUCUCCAGCACCCAGGCUACUGCGUCGUGCAGGUGGAACAGGGCUGCACUGUUCCCUGCUGCCCACCGGCCGAAGAGGUCCUUGUCUUUGCCACUGAACCCAAUCCUGCAGACUUCCCUGGAGGAUGUGGAACUCCUCUACGAGCUCUUGCUGGCUGAAAUUGAGAUCAGCCCAGACCUGAAGAUCUCCAUCAAGGACGAGGAACUGGCUUCCCUGAGGAAGGCCUUGAACUUCCACUCAAUCUGCAACAAUAUCAUCCCCAAGCACAUCCCAGAUAUCCGCAGGCUGAGUGCCAACCUGGCCAACCACCCUGGAAUCCUCAAGAAAGAAGACUUUGAAAGGCUGGCACUGACCCUGGCUUACUCGGCCUACAGGACAGCCUUGUCGGAAGGGCAUCAGAAGGACAUCUGGGCCCAGGCCCUCAUUAGCCUCUUCCAGGCCCUGAGGCAUGACUUGAUGAGGUCCUCUGGCCCUGGAGCGUCUUCCUGAGAGACUGGCCCAUACCAGGACCUUGAAGCAGGGACAGGCACACACAGUCUUCCAGAACACUCAUCCUCUACUCUACUUACAGAGACUGUGAAGAAAGUAUGUACUGCCCACACAGAAUAGCAAAGAUAAAUGAGUCAUCACAAUACUCUCUCGUUUCUUCUUGCUUCCUGACAUACAUCUCUGACUUAUGAUAUAAUGUUUCUGAGCUAAAAGAAAGGGCUAGAUUGGGCUUUCAAGACAUUUCCAGAGGCUGACUGGUCCACGUGGUAAUGAGCAGAAGUCUGAGAUAUACUUACACACACACACACACACACACACACACACACACACACAGAGGAUGGAGUCGGGUGUGGCAGGAAGAUUCCAUUGGUUCUAAGAGACCUGUAUUGAAUGAACAUGUUCUGGCAGGUUCCAUGGUAAAUAUUAAAAAGGCAGAGAUACAUUCAAAUAAAUACGCUGUUUUCCUCAAAGCCAUGGAGAAGAAUCAGUCAGAAAGUCAGUAACGUGGGGACCUACACGGCUUGACUCAUCUUUUGUGAAGUUAUUCUGAGACAGGAGAAGUAGCAAGGGCUCAUGGAAGUGUUCGCAGUCCAUCCACGCCCUGUCAUUUGAACAUGGAGGCCAAGCUAAAGCGCAUAGUGCCCUCCUACUGAACGAGGUGGCACCACCAUGCUUCUCUGUCCUAAAAUACUAGAGUAGUGUCUCAGAUUUUGGUGCUCCUGAUAAAAAUCACUUUCAGA